CCUACACCAAGGAGAUCUUGGGCGCUCGGUCUUGAUAUCUGAAGAAACUUUGUGUCCCUACCCACCAUAACGUUUGGCAGAGAAAUGUUCAUGCAGAUAGAGAGAGAGAGAGAGAAAAAAUGACGACUUCUUGAUUUCUGAAGAAACUUUGUGUCUUCAUGAGAUAUGGUUUCAAAGUUGCAGUGCAGCUCAUGAAAAAACUCUCUCUAUCUUUCUCUGUGUGUAACUUAUAAGUAGGAUCUAAGAGCAAAAAUGAAGAGAGAACGCGAGAAUGCUUCUCUACAGUCUCCGUUGAUUGAAGAUGGAUUCUUAGUUGACGUAAAGCAAAACAAAUCAUCAGGGGGAAUAGAAAGAAGGGAAAUUGUUGAAGAAGUGAAGAAGCUGUUAUGGCUUGCAGGGCCUAUGGUAUCUGUGACCCUUUUAAAUUUUUCUCUACAAGUUAUAUCUGUCAUGUUUGUGGGGCAUCUUGGCAACUUGCCUCUCUCCGGUGCUUCUAUGGCCACUUCUUUUGCCUCUGUCACAGGUUUCAGUUUAUUGGUAGGAAUGGCAAGUGCCUUGGACACCUUAUGUGGACAGUCAUAUGGAGCAAAGCAGCACAGAAUGUUAGGGAUACACAUGCAGAGAGCAAUGUUCAUUCUUAUGAUUGUUAGCAUUCCUCUUGCUGUUAUAUGGACUAACACAAGGUCCAUUCUGAUCUUCCUUGGCCAAGAUCCUGAAAUAUCUGCUGAAGCUGGCAAAUAUGCUCAGUUAAUGGUUCCAAGCCUUUUUGCCUAUGGUCUUCUCCAGUGUCUCAACAGAUUCUUGCAAGCCCAAAAUAAUGUGUUUCCAAUGAUGUUCAGCUCUGGAGUCACUACUUCACUACAUUUUCUUAUAUGUUGGCUUAUGGUAUACAAAUCUGGACUAGGAAGCAGAGGAGCUGCCAUAGCAAAUGCUAUAUCUUACUGGUUAAAUGUUUCCAUACUCUCACUCUAUGUCAAGUUUUCUCCUUCUUGUGCAAAAACUUGGACAGGUUUUUCCAUAGAGGCAUUGCACAACAUCCCUUCAUUUCUGAGGCUUGCCAUUCCUUCAGCUGUUAUGGUUUGCUUGGAAAUGUGGUCAUUUGAAAUGAUGGUUCUCCUUUCGGGUCUUCUUCCAAAUCCAAAGUUGGAAACAUCUGUGCUGUCUAUCUGCUUGAAUACCACAGCACUUGUUUGGAUGAUCCCCUUUGGACUCAGUGGAGCUGUAAGCACUCGUGUAUCAAAUGAACUUGGAGCUGGUCAUCCACAUGCUGCUCGUUUAGCAGUGCGUGUUGUCUUCGUAAUUGCCAUAAUUGAAGGCAUCUUAGUUGGAACUGUGACAAUAUUAAUACGCAAUAUUUGGGGCUAUGCGUAUAGUAAUGAAGUAGAAGUGGUCAAAUAUGUGGCAACUAUGUUGCCAAUUCUUGCAACAUCCAACUUUCUGGAUGGACUCCAAUGUGUUCUUUCAGGCACUGCUAGAGGAUGUGGUUGGCAGAAAAUUGGUGCAUUUGUGAAUCUGGGGUCAUACUAUUUAGUUGGGAUUCCAUCAGCUAUUGUAUUAGCUUUUGUGUUGCACAUUGGUGGCAAGGGGCUCUGGCUGGGGAUCAUAUGUGCUCUCAUUGUUCAAGUAAUUUCUCUAAUGAUCAUUACUAUACGCACUGAUUGGGAACAAGAGGCAAAGAAGGCUACAGAUAGAGUCUAUUGUUCAAUAACACCAGACAGCAUAGUCUCAUGAAGUUGCAAUUUCUUUGCAGAUACACAUUCUGACUGAGUUCUAUUUGGAUGAAAGCAAUACAAGCUUUGUUACAAUUCUUCCAAAUAAGAAGUCUAGGUGCAAAUAUAUAUGGCCAAAAGGGUAAUAUCAUGAUCUCUGAUAAUAUAAAGUAGUGUACAAUAUAGAUGAUCCAACUGGCCAUUGGAACUGAAGAAUAUCGGUAGAAGACAUCUUUUAAUGAUAUUUUUUUCUUUUUUAUACAAGUGAGAAUUGAACUCAUAACCUAAUAUAAUCUAUCUAAACUCUUUAUCACUGGAUCAAUUCUAUUGGCUUGGCAUCUUUUAAUGUUUU